CUAGAGUCUGCCGUCGUCAGACCCUAGAUCAAAUCAGUCACUGUCACGAGCAGAUCCUCCCGAGCAAGGAGUAGUCCGUUCGAGCAGCUACCUACAGCAAUCAUGAAGCUCUUGUGGCUUCUUGCGCUGACCUUGGUGGUCGUGGUCACCAUGGCAGACGCAGAAUGUGUCAACAAGAAACUUCGCGGUAACAACAAGCAAAAAACCAAGAAAUCAGUUGAAGGAGCGAAACGUAUCACAUCCAUGAAAUUAGUUGGAAAACCGGAAGGAAAGAAAAAAUGCAAGCUCGGUACCUCGUUCGGCUUUGAUGACAAAAAAGUAUGGGCGAGGAAAGGUUGUGUUGCAAAUUUCCGCAUCUGCUUCGAAAAAGACGCUGAUAAAGGAGGUGGCAAUAAAGGCAACAAGGGCAACUGCAGAACUUUAAAACUUGAAAGCAAAAACAAAAAGAAAAACCAGAAAUCUCCUUCAAAGUCCAAGAACAUCAAGUCAAUGAAGAUGACUAAAGAAUUGUCAAAGAACAAGUGCAAGAAGAAUAAAUCCUUUGGCUAUAAUGGAAAGAAGGCCUGGGUGAAGAACAACUGCCGUGCAGUAUUCGAAGUUUGCUUCAAGCGAAAAGGCGACCAAGGAAACGAUCAGCCAGACAAACCAAAGGACCGAGACGAUGAUGAGAAAGAAAAAGAUGAUAAAGACAACUGCAGAACUUUAAAACUUGAAAGCAAAAAGAAUAAGAAAGAACAGAAAUCUCUUUCAAAGUCCAAGAAAAUCAAGUCAAUGAAGAUGACAAAAGAACUGUCGAACGGCAAGUGCAAGAAGAAUAAAUCAUUUGGCUAUAAAGGAAGGAAGGCCUGGGUGAAGAACAACUGCCGUGCCGUAUUCAAAGUUUGCCUCAAGCAAAAAGGCGGCAAUGGCGGCAAUGGCGGCAAUGGCGGCAAAGACGAUGAUGAGAAAGAAAAAGAUGAUAAAGACAACUGCAGAACUUUAAAACUUGAAAGCAAAAAGAAUAAGAAAGAACAGAAAUCUCUUUCAAAGUCCAAGAAAAUCAAGUCAAUGAAGAUGACAAAAGAACUGUCGAACGGCAAGUGCAAGAAGAAUAAAUCAUUUGGCUAUAAAGGAAGGAAGGCCUGGGUGAAGAACAACUGCCGUGCCGUAUUCAAAGUUUGCCUCAAGCAAAAAGGCGGCAAUGGCGGCAAUGGCGGCAAUGGCGGCAAUGGCGGCAAAGACGAUGAUGAGAAAGAAAAAGAUGAUAAAGACAACUGCAGAACUUUAAAACUUGAAAGCAAAAAGAAUAAGAAAGAACAGAAAUCUCUUUCAAAGUCCAAGAAAAUCAAGUCAAUGAAGAUGACAAAAGAACUGUCGAACGGCAAGUGCAAGAAGAAUAAAUCAUUUGGCUAUAAAGGAAGGAAGGCCUGGGUGAAGAACAACUGCCGUGCCGUAUUCAAAGUUUGCCUCAAGCAAAAAGGCGGCAAUGGCGGCAAUGGCGGCAAUGGCGGCAAAGACGAUGAUGAGGAAGAAGACGAUAAAGGCAACUGCAAAACUUUAAAACUUGAAAGCAAAAACAAAGAGAAAGACCAGAAGACUCUUUCAAAGUCGAAGAAAAUCAAGUCUAUGAAGAUGACGAAAGAACUGUCAAGGGGCAUGUGCAAUAAGGGUAAAUCCUUUGGCUUUAAAGGAAAGAACGCCUGGGUGAAGGACAACUGCAAGGCAGUAUUCAGGGUUUGCUUCAAGCCAAAAGGCGACAAAGGCGACAAAGGCGACAAAGACGAUGAAGAUGAAGAAGACGAUGAUGGCAAUAAAGACAACUGCAGAACUUUAAAACUUGAAAGCAAAAAGAAUAAGAAAGAACAGAAAUCUCUUUCAAAGUCCAAGAAAAUCAAGUCAAUGAAGAUGACAAAAGAACUGUCGAACGGCAAGUGCAAGAAGAAUAAAUCAUUUGGCUAUAAAGGAAGGAAGGCCUGGGUGAAGAACAACUGCCGUGCCGUAUUCAAAGUUUGCCUCAAGCAAAAUGGCGGCAAUGGCGGCAAUGGCGGCAAUGGCGGCAAAGAAGAUGAUGAGGAAGAAGAAGAAAGCGGUAAAGGCAACUGCAGAAAGUUAAAACUAGAAAGCAAACAGAAAAAGAAAGACGAGAAAUCUCUUUCCAAGGCCAAGAAAAUCAAGUCAAUGAAGAUAACGAAAGAGCUGUCAAAUCGCAAGUGCAAAAAGAAUAAAUCCUUUGGCUAUAAAGGAAGGAAGGCCUGGGUGAAGAACAACUGCCGUGCAGUUUUCAAAGUUUGCUACAAGCCAAAAGGCGGCAGAGGCGACGAAGACGAUGAUGAGGAAGAAGGCGAUGAAGGCGAUAAAGGCAACUGCAGAACUUUAAAACUUGAAAGCAAAAACAAAGAGAAAGACCAGAAAUCUCUCUCCAAGGCCAAGAAAAUCAAGUCAAUGAAGAUAACUAAAGAACUGUCUGAGGACGAUGAUGAGGAAGAGGGCGAUGAUGGCGAGAAAGGCAACUGCAGAACUUUAAAACUUGAAAGCAAAAACAAAGAAAAAGACGAGAAAUCUCUUUCCAAGGCCAAGAAAAUCAAGUCAAUGAAGAUAACGAAAGAGCUGUCAAAUCACGAUGAUGAGGAAGAAGGCGAUGAAGGCGAUAAAGGCAACUGCAGAACUUUAAAACUUGAAAGCAAAAACAAAGAGAAAGACCAGAAAUCUCUCUCCAAGGCCAAGAAAAUCAAGUCAAUGAAGAUAACUAAAGAACUGUCUGAGGACGAUGAUGAGGAAGAGGGCGAUGAUGGCGAGAAAGGCAACUGCAGAACUUUAAAACUUGAAAGCAAAAACAAAGAAAAAGACGAGAAAUCUCUUUCCAAGGCCAAGAAAAUCAAGUCAAUGAAGAUAACGAAAGAACUAUCAGGGGGCAAGUGCAAGAAGAAUAAAUCCUUUGGCUAUAAAGGAAAGAAGGCCUGGGUAUGUAAGUUAGGCGCUGACGUCUGCAGUAUAUUAUUUUCACCUUUUCUCUUAGACGAUGAUGAGGAAGAAGGCGAUGAAGGCGAUAAAGGCAACUGCAGAACUUUAAAACUUGAAAGCAAAAACAAAGAGAAAGACCAGAAGUCUCUCUCCAAGGCCAAGAAAAUCAAGUCAAUGAAGAUAACUAAAGAACUGUCUGAGGGCAAGUGCAAGAAGAAUAAAUCCUUUGGCUAUAAAGGAAAGAAGGCCUGGGUGAAGAACGACUGCCGUGCAGUAUUCAAAGUUUGCUACAAGCCAAAAGGCGAAGAAGACGAUGAUGAGGAAGAGGGCGAUGAUGGCGAGAAAGGCAACUGCAGAACUUUAAAACUUGAAAGCAAAAACAAAGAAAAAGACGAGAAAUCUCUUUCCAAGGCCAAGAAAAUCAAGUCAAUGAAGAUAACGAAAGAACUAUCAGGGGGCAAGUGCAAGAAGAAUAAAUCCUUUGGCUAUAAAGGAAAGAAGGCCUGGGUGAAGAACAACUGCCGUGCAGUUUUCAAAGUUUGCUACAAGCCAAAAGGCGGCAAAGGCGACGAAGGUUUGUGUUUCCUUGAGCUCUUGAAAACAUUUUUACAGCAUACUUAUCAAAACCACUACUUCCGGUCUGUGUAUUUCGUGCGUCUUUUCGUGACAUUUCUAUCUGCAAUUCAAUGGGUUGCUUUCUACCUUGUUUGUUGCGGCUGCAAUCCAAAUCGAAACCAGAGUUUCAUGAAUUACUCCAACUGACUGAUUCCG